UAGGAAGUUGGUCGUCUGAUACCUCUAUAAAAUCCGUAUUAUUAUAAAAACUAUUCUGAUUCUUUUGAAUAAUUCCCGUUAAUUACUUAUUUUUGGAAAUUUUUAUUAAAAUAAUAUUAUAUUCGAAUUCCUUUGACGAAAUGGCUGGUCCGAUGGAAAGAAUACAGGUUCUGGAUGAUAUUGAAAAGGAUAUUAUUACUUGUUUGCAAUGUGCUGGUAAGUUUUGGUCAUUAUGAAUGUUUUAAGCAUAGUUCAUUAAUUUGUUGUAUUCAUUAUAAUAAAUUUUCAGCUCAAGCACUUCUGGAACUUAGUAAAGAGAAAUCUGGCCAGAAACAAGCAGAAACAAAUACAUCACAGUUCUUGAGAACUCUCAAUCAGGUAGAAUCAAAACUGAGUGAUCAAAUUAACUAUCUAACGCAAGUUUCUACAGGACAACCUCAUGAAGGAUCUGGAUAUGCGUCACAGAAGGUUCUACAAAUGGCUUGGCAUAGAUUAGAACAUGUUCGCUCUUGGGUAAAUGAGCUAGACCGCUUAAAAGCAUCCCAUUUGGCAGCUACAAACAGAACAGCACCUGGGAGUGUACCAAAUGGCAAUAUGACUUCAUCUGGAACUAGCACUUGAUAUAGACUAUGAGUUUUAGGUUAUGAUUGUGUAUUCAUAUAAUUCUUGAUACUCAAAAAUUUGAAACAAUAAUCUUCAAAUUCAAAAUUUUGAAGUUGUUUUCAUUAAAUAUUAUUCUUUCUCAAUCAAAACUAAACUGUAACUGUUACCAAUAGAUUUAAAUAACUUUUUGUAUUUAUAAAAUAAUCCAAAUUUAAAUAAAUAGCAUUCUCAUUUAAUCAUUAUUUAUUUUUAUUGCAUUCCACAAUGUAGUUCUAAGAUGUUCAUAAAAACAAAAGUAUAUUAAAAUUAAUGUUGAUAAAGUCUAUGGGAGUUUGGAAGAACUUAUAUGGCUAGAUAUCUAUGUAUAGAAAUAUAAUAAUAUAAUGUACAUCCACAACCUUUUAAAGAGAAUCAAAAUCUGAUAUAGCAUUUCUUUGAAAUAUAACAAUUGAGAAUAAAUGGCUACUUUUUUGUUUGAUAUAUGUUUUUGUACUGUAUUCAUUUACAAUCAGGGCAGUCAUUUAGGAGGGAGGACCAGUUAAUAUAUUCCAUUUUAGUAUGCUAAAUUAUUCACUGGUUUAAGAUGGAACCACAGUACUAUUUAUUUUUUGUCCUAGUUAUUAAGUUUCAAAAGAAUAGUUCCUACCUUGCUUGCAUAAAUAGAAAAAUAAAUUGUUA